CAAACCACUCUGUUUUUAUUAAUGGCCCUUCACUUCCCUCUCUAUACUAAUCCAACCCAUAAUAAUAUCCCAAUAAUAUUCAAAUCUCUCAAAAUCUCCAUCGCUUCUUCCCCAAUCUCCUCUCAAUCUAUAUCCAUUGUCCAACAGGGAGUGAAGAGAUCAAUUUUCUUCCCUCCCCUGUUUCUACCCCAAGACAUGGGGAGGGGGAGAGUACACGGAAUUUUACCUUGAUUUUUUCUGGGUUUGGGUUUGCGUUGUUGUUAUAGGUUGAAGAGAUGAGUUGCUUUUGUAUGAGCCCUCGAUUGAGGGAGAAUCGUCAACGUAUGUCACAGUCUUCAUCUCCUCGAUCCAGGUCUUUGUCUAGCUUCAUUAGUACUAUGGGAGAGGAGACUGAAGGGCUACCGACGUCUCCAACCAUGGAGAACUUUGAAGGUGCCCAGCAAUUCUCUCUCCGAGAGCUCGUUGUCGCAACCCAGAAUUUCAGAGAAUCAAAUUUGCUUGGGGAAGGAGGUUUUGGGAGAGUUUUCAAAGGGGCACUUGCAUCUGGACAGGUUGUGGCAAUUAAACAGUUGAAUCAGGAAGGGAUGCAAGGGAGCAAGGAGUUCGUUGUGGAGUGUCUCAUGUUGAUUAUGUUGCAGAACCAACAUCUCGUCAAUUUGAUUGGUUAUUGUGCGCAAGGAGAUGAGAGGUUGUUGGUUUAUGAGUUUAUGGCGAAAGGUAGCUUGGAAACACACUUGUUUGAUCUUCCUCCUAACAAAGAACCCCUUGACUGGAAUACAAGGAUGAAGAUUGCUCUUGGUGCCAUCAAAGGUCUUGCAUAUUUACACGAGGUAGCAAGCCCUCCUGUUAUCUACCGGGACUUGAAAUCUGCAAACAUACUGUUGGACGAUGAGUACAAUCCUAAGCUUUCUGAUUUCGGGCUUGCAAAGCUCGGUCCAGUUGGAGACAAUACUCAUGUUUCAACUCGAGUUAUGGGAACUUAUGGCUAUUGUGCCCCUGAUUAUGCUAUGAGUGGCAAGUUAACAGUGAAAUCUGAUAUAUAUAGCUUCGGGGUGGUGCUUUUGGAGCUGAUGACCGGAAGAAAGGCUUUUGAUCCCAGUAGGAAGAUGGGGGAGCAGAAUUUAAUAGUUUGGGUAGAAUUCCCUAGCUGAACUUUUAUCCGUGGAGAAAGAGAAAAUUGUUUUUAUGACAAAUAGACCUGAUGAGGGUAAAAAUGUCAAAAAAAUUCACUCAGGGUGUCUAUCUGCAACAAUAUAACUGCAGGGCGUCUAUCUGCAAAUAAUCCUUUAUUUUUCAUUCUAAAUUUCUGCAAAUGUGAUAAGUAACUCAAUGUCAAGAAAGCAAGAAACAUGCAUUUUGGUCUUACUCCCCCAUUUGAAACUUUGUUCUCACCACUAUCCUUCUUCAUUACAUCACACAGAAGAUCAACCUAUGGAUUUUAUCCCCUUUAUUUCCCUUCAUUUACUUUUGGAGAGAACACCUAUAUUAGUUGUUUCAAUAUGUUGUAAUCUUGUAAGACUUCAUAGGUAAGAAUUUCAGCAAAACUUUGAAUUUUCAUUCCAUGAAAAGAAUUACAGUGCAACAUUCCAUAAUUUUGUCGUAAUGAGAAUUCUCACAUCAGAAAUACACAUGUGCAAUUUACCAUAUCACACAUGAUAUCAUACACAAUCAAAUAUCAUCUAAUCUGCAUCAGGGUGCAUGCUUGUUGAAAAGAACAACCCAGAAUCAAGGGAAAGGAAGUUGAGUAAACAUGUUUUCUUUAUUUUUAUGGGGUUAAUUGCUGAUAGAACUCCUGUACAAUUGCCCAAUUGCUGACAGACCCCCCUGUAGUUCUAUUUACAGAUAAACCCCUUGAGUGGAACUUUUUUGCCUCUUUUAACCUCAGGAGGCCUACUCGUCAGAAAACAUCUUAUAUGACCUAUUUCAAUGAGUUGUAACCUUGUAAAACUACACAGGAAGUAAUCUCAAACAAUCACAGUCAUUGUAUGAGAACAAUUGUAAUUCUUGACACUGUUGCUACAUUCUAGGUUCUUAAUAUUCAAAACCUUCUUGCUUCUUUCU